CAGGCAGAGACCCUGACCUAGCUUCUGUGCCCGUGUCUCUCCUCCGUCGUUGUAGCUCUCAUCUGCUUCUCCCCGUUCCGGCGGCUUUCCUUAUUCGGUGCCAUCUGUUUAGCUUUAAUGCUUUGGUGUCUACCUGCUGUCUGGGGUCGAUCUCUUGGCUUCUUUGUUCUGCCAUCUGCUUCUCCGAUCUGGUGUCGAUCUACCAUCUGAAAAAUGACCAACGACAAGUCAAAGGCUACAUGGGACAUGACAGCGACUAAGAUUUUUAUCGAGUUAUGCUUGGAAGAAUUAAACAAAAAUGAAAGGAAGGGUAGUACCUUCACAAAGAAAGGGUGGAAAGAUAUAAGGGCUGGAUUCAAUGAGAAAACUCGUAGACAAUAUGACAAGACUCAAUUGAAAAACAAGUGGGACAACCUUAGAAAAGAAUGGUUGCAAUGGGAUAAAUUGUUUGGUGAAGAGACAGACAUAAGAUGGGACAAGGCAAAGAACAUGAUAGAUGCACCAGAGGAUUGGUGGGCGAAGAAGCUAUCAGAAAAUCCCCAAUAUGGGAAAUACAGAUAUAAAGGACUUCCUUUUGCCCAUGAAUUAAAUCUUUUAUUCAAGAAUGUGGCGCGUACAGGAACUUUGGCGUUGGUACCGUCUUCUGGAACACUGCCUAAUGACACAAAUGCUGAUGUGCCUAAUGAUACCAAUGUUGAUGUGUAUCGUUCACCCUCGAACGAUGUUUGUGUGAAUUUGGAUGAAGGAUCAGGAGACUGCGAUGAAAAUCCGGGGACUGCUGCUGGUGCUGGAGUCAGUGCUGAGCUGCAAAGUGUUAAUUUAAACACUUCGCAGGGAAACAAUAGUGAAAGCAAUGGGAAGGGAAGGGGAAGAGGAAGAGAGUUGAAGUUGAAGGGAGCGAGAAGAAGAUGAAAGUUCCUACCGCAAAAAGGAUAGCUGACGCAAUAAGUAGAAUUGCUGCUGCAUCUGAGUCGCGAUCACAAUUGAUUGCUAGAACUUCUAUUAGUGCAGUAAUGGCUGAACUUCAGAAAAUGGAGGCUAUCACAAGUGAUCCUGAUUGGCAUUCUCGAUGCUGUCAACUCCUUCUGUCUCAGCCUGAAAGGGAAAUGUUUGUAGCGUUGAAACCAUAUGAGCAAAAUUUGUUGAAUUGGUUGAAGUUUGCAGCUUACAGACUUUGAUGACAGUACAACUAUUAAUGUGAUGUUGUAAAAUAGUCUAUAUAAUAUUUUGAGUGUUGGUUUUUGUUUUAUGUUUUUAAUUGUUAAUUAAUAUGCAAUAUAAUUAGUCA